AUGACCUCAGGCUCACAAAGACUUCGUGUUCUUCUAACUAAUGACGACGGCCCUCCAGGCAAGGACUCACCUUACAUCUUCGGCCUCGCACGUCAUCUCGUGGAAGACCUAGACUGGGAUGUAAAGGUUGUCGUUCCUUCUACUCAGAAAUCUUGGAUCGGCAAGGCAUACCAUAUCAAAGAAAUCACCAAGGGCUUCUACUAUUAUCCACGCCUUCCAGAUGGAAUUGGAGAAACUUCGAGCACCUCUCGUCCAUUGAAGAGGGAGCUGGGGGAGUUUGCUGAAUGGAUUCUACUAGAUGGAACUCCUGCUACUUGUGCCAAUAUUGCUUUGAACAACCUCUUCAAGGACUCCAUUGAUUUGGUGAUUUCUGGACCUAACCUAGGGCGUAACUCGUCAUCUGCCUUCGCUCUUUCGUCUGGUACCAUCGGAGCAGCACUCUCAGCCUCUUUAUCACGCUGUCGGGCCAUUGCUCUGUCGUACGGUACAGUGCAAAAUCCAGUUCCGCCUCAGCUUUUCGACCCGGCACAUAAACUUGCCAUUAAGAUUAUCCAGUCUCUUCUCAGAAACUGGGGUAAAGACAAGGAUGGGCUACGCAACGGGCAGGUUGACCUCUACAACGUAAAUAUCCCGAUGGUAAACGACCUGCUGAACGGGGAAGGGUUGCCCGUCCUGUGGACCAAAAUCUGGCGAAACGCGUAUGGAAGGUUGUUCAAGCCGUUCACGCUAGAGCCGACGGGCACCGAGGCGGUGCCAGCAGGAGGUCCGGAUGCUCAGCUUUCUUCCUCGAAUAAGGGAGAUCCAGCAGACCGUUACCGGUCCGAGGCUCCUCAAACAGACGCAUUUCCCCAAGCCAAAUCAUUGUCUUCUAAACGCACUCCAGGAGAAAUCAGUCACGCACCGGAGCUCGUAUUCAAGUUCGCACCGGACAUGAGUGGUCUCAUCGGUCCUCGCAUCGCCGCGCCGGUGGGCUCCGACGCUUGGGCUCUCGAGCGAGGCUAUGCCAGCGUCACACCCUUACGUGCCAGUUUCGCUGAGCCACCUCUCGCCGAUUCAGAAGGGGAAGCACCAGCAGAAUCCGUUGAAUUCAACCCGCCGGACGGCGAAGGUCCUAAACUAUUCAAGCUGAGGUUGUAAUCCCGUUCAUGCACACAGAGAAACAAUCCAAAUAGAUCUAGACACGCGCUUGAAUAUACAUCCCCGUCGCCGGAAAUCCCCAACAUGAACAAGUUGUUAGAUUAUUGUACAAUAUU